AAGGCUGACUUUUAAUUCUAGAGAGUUCCAUCCUUCAUUGUUGACUUGCCUCAUGAGCUUCGAACAUCAACUCUGACUUCUCUCCCUCUUUGUUGCAGAGCACUUUAAAAAAGAAAACCGUUUUGAAAUAGAAUUAUUUUUUUACCUUUGUGACUUAACUUUUCACUUUCUAACACUGUGGAUGAGUGUCACAUGAGUCUUUCUCCACCUGGACUGAAUUUAUCAACUGGCCUGACUCAUCUGUUCAUCUUCAGAUCAUCAUUAAGAACUGACACGUACUGUUAACCCUAGGAAACGUGCACAGGAGUAGUUUAUUAUGGUUCUCAAUGUACCGGGUCUGGUGGUGAUGGCAUUGUUCUACCUGCUGAUCUUGGGCACGGGCAUCUGGGCGUCCUUUCGCUCCAAGAAGGAGGAAAAGAAGUGCUCAGGAGAUGGCAUGGAGAUAACGCUACUGGCUGGACGAAACAUCAACUUGCUCGUCGGCAUCUUCACUCUUACUGCUACAUGGGUGGGUGGAGGCUUCAUUCUAGGUAUAGCUGAGGCGACGUACAAUCCAACACUGGGUGCAGUGUGGGCUCUCAUGCCUGUGCCCUAUGUCAUGACCUUCUUCUUAGGUGGGUUUUUCUUUGCCAGGCCUAUGAGGGAGAACAAUUAUGUGACAAUGAUGGACCCCUUCCAACAGAAGUAUGGGAACGUUCUGAGCAGUGCGCUGAUCCUUCCCGCACUGGUAGCCGAUGUCCUGUGGGUGGCACGCACACUCGUCAGCCUGGGUGGAACAAUGAGUGUGAUCCUGGACCUGUCCUACGUCUACUCCAUCAUCAUCUCGUCAGUGGUGGCCAUGAUCUAUACACUGCUGGGGGGGCUCUACUCUGUGGCCUACACAGACGUCAUCCAGCUCAUUCUCAUCUUUGUCAGUCUGUGGGUGUGUGUUCCUUUCCUGAUGACCAACCCUCACUCUUUGGACAUUUCACUGACGGCCUACAACCAGACCUUCCAGACUCCCUGGGUCGGCACGGUGGAGCUCGAUGAGGCCGGCAAGUGGUUUGAUGACUUCAUGCUGCUGGCUCUGGGUGGUCUGGCCUACCAGGCGUUCUACCAAAGAAUCCUGUCCGCCUCAUCUUACACCCAGGCUCAAGUGACCUGCUUCGCCUCUUCAGCUUUCUGCCUGGUGCUGGGUAUCCCUUCCAUUCUGGUUGGGGCUGUGGCUGCAUCUACAGACUGGAACUCAACUGACUAUGGAUUGCCCACCCCAUAUGAGCGCGACCAGGCAGGUUCCAUCCUCCCCAUUGCCCUGCAGUAUCUUACACCCCCCUACAUCUCCAUCAUCGGCAUUGGGGCAGUAGCGGCUGCCGUCAUGUCCUCCAUGGACUCAGCUCUUCUGUCCUCCGCCUCAUUGUUUUCCUCUAAUAUCUAUAAGAACAUCCUCAGGAAGCAGGCGUCUGACCGUGAGAUGCAGUGGGUGAUCCGUAUCUCGGUGGUGGUGGUGGGUAUGGCCGGCACUGCCCUCACCUUUCUGGACAGCAGCGUCCUGGUCUUCUGGCUGGUGGGCGUGGACAUGUCUUACACCAUCAUGUUCCCUCAGCUGGUCUGCGUCCUCUUCUUCAAGAUGUCGAAUGGCUACGGAGCCUCCGUGGGCUUCCUGAUGGGAAUCAUCUUAAGGUUCCUGAGCGGCGAGCCUCUCAUCGGCCUCCCACCUGCCAUCCAUUACCCCGGCUACCGGCUGAACAAAGAGGGAAAUUUAACCCAGUACUUUCCCUUCCGCACUGCCAUCAUGCUAAUGUCCCUAUUAUCUAUCCUGCUCUUCUCAUGGCUGGCGUCCAUAAUUUUCAACAAGGGUCUGCUGUCCGAAAAAUGGGAUAUGUUCAAGAUCAAACGCAAGGAGAAACCAACAGCCAGAGCUGCAGAUAGCAAGAAGACCAACUCUGCUAAUGAAGAAGCAUCUGCAGCCAAGCCGCUUCUGGACACCACUACCUGCUGAAGAGGCUCACAAAGACGGAGAGAAGAUGGGCACUGGCUAGAGGCAGACAUGUUUGUGUGUCUGCUCAGCAGGAGUUCACAGAGGGGGAACAACGACAAAGGCUAAACAUUAUGUACAGAGUCUGUGCAGUAUCACAGUGAAUAUGUGGCGAUGAAAUUUAGAUUAGCAGAGUGUGAUCUGAGCAAUCUAUUUCAUGAGUUGCUCAUUGUGUUCAACAGAGAAUACAGUUAAAAUAGGCUCCCAGGCUCAGUUAUGUUAGCAAACCAGCCAUUAGCCAGCAUAGCAUUUAGUGAAGAUGAUAACAUACAUAUAGCCCCGGCAUGAAAUGCUAGUGAUUGUAAGACUUUAAUUAGCUUUUAGCACUUAUUCAUUAGAUACUCCUCACUAAAACACACUUGUACAUUUGUACAGAUUUAUAUAAAUAUAUAUAUAUAUAUUAGAACCACAUUUUGAUGAAUUGAGAUACCUCAUCGACAGUCUUGAGUUCAGUUCCUAAAGACCAUUGCACUGUGGCAACACAAAAGACAAAAAAAGAAAGAAACAAUCAAUCCAAUAGAACGUACACAAUAGAUGAUAAAAUAGUUUACAAUUAAUUAAUUUGUCGUUAUUUAUUAGAUUUAGCAUUUGUUAAGAGAAACUGUGUCACAUUCCCUUUCCGAAAACAGUAACGCAACAAACCAUCUACUUCUUUCUUUACGGAAUAAUCAUUAAUCAACUAGUGUGGCCGGCAGGAAACGUUGUACUGUACUGCAAGUGCAUCUAGCUUCUCCCUCAUUGUGAACCUCUGUAAAUAAUUUACAGCUAUGUGCAGAAUGACAGUGCUCUCUUUCACACCAGAACAAAUAAAUGCUAUCCAAAGAACGAAUGAGAGCUCCGCACUGUUGCGUGGCACACUUGUGAAAGGCAUUGUUAUUGUUUAACCGUUUAUAUUAAUGUGACCUGAACUCUUCCUUUCUCUGGUUGAUCUGCUGCCUCGAGCUCGACUUAACAGCACCUGGAAUUCUUCUUGGCUUGCUAGUUAAUAUUAGAUCAUCAAUAUUCAAAUUAGUGCGUUAAUUUCAAUUAAUUAAUCACAGAAAAAAUAACACAACAAAAAAAUGGACACAGAUUAAACGCGCUCUUAGAUGCCCCUUUACCUUUACGUCACCGACGGGGCACGGCCACAGCAGCUCCCGGAUGUAACUGUUGAUGCUCCGUUCUGUGAGAUUCACUCAGCAAAGAAUGUUCGAACCAUCGGAGAACUUCAAGCCGAAAUAUAUAUAUAUAUAUAUAUCACCUCAACGCAAAGCACGUAGCAGC